AUGAAUUUUACGCAUUCGAGAUCUCACCAAAAUCCAUACCUGCCUCAAUCAAAGAUAUCCAGACCGCAAAUCACAGCGCGCCCCACUAAAUCUGGCCCCGCCCAGCGGCGCAUGCGCGGCCCCAGCCAAUCGGGCGUCUCACCCCCCGGGGGCACAAUCAACCCUCAAUUGAGAUCCUGCCCUGUCAUUUUUUCCUCCACCGAUCGUCUGGCCCCGCCUCCCUUCAUUUAA